GUGGCGGAGCAGAGAGGCGGAGUCCCCCAUGGCCCGUGAGCUGGGCAUUCCGCUGGACACAGAACACGCCACACGCACCCGGGCCUCGGCUACAGUGGAGCGAAAGUCACUGCUCCACCAGUGAGAAUACGCGCGAAUGUGGAAUGGUUGACGCUUCUUCAAGGAGCGGUCUGAACUGCGAGACACGGAGUUUUAUGUCUUUUUGAGGUUGUCGCCUUAUUUCUUCCUCACUCAACUGCACCAUGGUGAUCAUGUCAGAGACCAGCGGGGCUCAGUCCAGCUCUGCCCAGGGACGGCCACUGCAGGUGGGCUUCUACGAAAUCAUCCGCACCCUGGGAAAAGGAAACUUUGCAGUGGUGAAGCUGGCCAAGCAUAAAGUCACCAAAACACAGGUGGCUAUAAAGAUAAUUGAUAAGACCAGGCUAAAUCCAUCCAACCUGGAGAAAAUCUACAGGGAGGUGCAGAUCAUGAAGCUGCUGAACCACCCCCAUAUCAUUAAGCUGUACCAGGUCAUGGAGACCAAAGACAUGCUGUACAUUGUCACAGAGUACGCAAAGAACGGAGAGAUGUUUGACCACCUCACCUCAAAUGGACGCUUAAGUGAAAGCGAAGCAAGGAAGAAAUUCUGGCAAAUUCUGGCAGCCGUUGACUACUGCCAUCGACACCACAUUGUUCACAGGGACCUUAAAACAGAAAACCUACUGCUGGAUGUCAACAUGAACAUCAAACUAGCUGAUUUUGGAUUUGGCAACUUUUACAACGCAGGGGAGCCUCUGUCAACGUGGUGUGGCAGUCCGCCUUAUGCUGCUCCAGAGGUUUUUGAAGGAAAGGAAUAUGAGGGUCCUGGAUUAGACAUUUGGAGCCUUGGUGUGGUCUUGUACGUUCUUGUGUGCGGCUCUUUACCGUUCGAUGGUCCAAGCCUGCCUGCACUUAGACAGCGGGUGACAGAGGGGCGUUUUAGGAUACCUUUCUUCAUGUCCCAGGACUGUGAAAACCUUAUCCGAAAAAUGCUGGUAGUAGACCCUGCCAAGAGGAUCACUGUAGCCCAGAUCAAGCAGCACCGAUGGAUGUUAGCGGACCCCACGGCUGCCCACCAGAUCCUCAACCACCCACUGACUGAGUAUAACUCGAACCUGGGAGACUACAGUGAACCUGUGCUCAACAUUAUGAAUACACUGGGUAUUGAUCGGCAGAGGACAAUUGAGUCUCUCCAGAGUAGCAGUUACAAUCAUUUCUCCGCCAUUUACUACCUGCUGCUUGAGCGAGUAAAAGACCACCGCAACCAGCAGCUGAGCCGUCAGUGUGGGACCUGGAGCCAGAGACCCCGGAGUACCUCAGACUCCUCCAGCACAGAGGUGACCAUGGAGUCCACAGACAGCUUCAGACUUGCUGCUUAUUCUGCCCCAUCCAAAUCCAGCGCCCCAAUCUACACUCCCGAGGUGGAGAGUGAGCAUGGGGGACUAUUUCAGCGUGUGGUGUUCCCAGUGGAGGCCAGUUUCAAUCGCCUUCUGUGGAAUCGGUCCAUUUCCCCCAACAGCCUCCUAGAGACAAGCAUCAGUGAAGAGGUGCGGCCCCGGGACCUAGAGGAGGAGGAAGCGUCCCAGACUCUUGGACCCCUGCUCCCUCCCACCACCACGUCCCGCAGACACACACUGGCUGAGGUUUCUGCACAGUUUCAUCAAUGCAACCCUCCUUGUAUUGUGGUCAGCCCCUCAGACGGUGCCUCCUCUGACAGCUGUCUGAAGUCGUCCUGCAGUCCCAGCACCGUGUCCCAGGCGGUAGCAGGGGGCAUGUCCGCCCUUUUGACUUCUGGAGCGGAGAAUGGAGCCUUACUGCAGACUGCAGCUCCUCUGGCCCUUUCCUCUCACCUUCUGCCCCAGGCACAGGGUGGCCUCCCUGCCAGCUUCCAGGAGGGCCGCCGGGCCUCGGACACCUCUCUCACUCAAGGCCUCAAAGCUUUCCGUCAGCAGCUGAGGAAAAACACACGCACUAAAGGGCUUCUGGGAUUAAACAAGAUCAAGGGUCUGACGAGGCAGGCCGCGCCUCUGCCCUCCUGCAGUCGCUGCAGCCGAGGGUCACUGGGGCCCGCUCUGUCUGAACAUCGCACCAUGUUGGAGGAGGUGCUGCACCAGCAGAGGAUGCUCCAGAUCCAGCACCAGCCCCACUCUCAGGUCCCAGCAGCUCAGAUCGGACCUACCCAGAAUCCUUUGCUGUAUUUGUCCCCACAGCCGCAGUGUCCUUCCCCUCCUCCAUCAAACAUCUUCACCACAACGUCCAUGUCCACGUCCAUGUUUGACGCCCCCUCUGUCCUGCCCACCCAGGCUGCGUCUGUGCCCCUCCCGCAGCAGCACUCUCCCUGGCAGCCUGCUCUGGAGUCCUGCCCCUCUGUCUGCUCCUCCAUGUCCCCUGUGGCCUCUGCUGCUUACCUUCUCGAGGCCCGUCUCCACAUCAGUCAACAGCCACACCCUCCUCUGCACCUCCAGCCUCAACAACCCAUCCCAACCACAACACAUGUCUUUCCCCUUCACUCCAAACCAGCCAUGUGGGGCACACCAACAAAUGUGGACCCCAACAUGCAAGAUCUGGGCUUGGCUGGACAGCCCCAGCUUAACAGUUGUGUCAUGGUGAAGUAACCCAAGCGUUGAAAAAAAAAGUUUGGACCACAUGUGGCACUCCAAUAAGGACAUGUGUUUUCUUAUAAGCUAUGGACUAAGCAAUAACCAAACCUUUGAUGGAGACACUAAACCUGUAUCCAAAAAGCAAUAAUGAAGAGUUUCUCAUAGACACUGGAGAGAGACAGUAGCGACAUAACUGCUGUACUUGUAUUACUCCAAAACAGGAAGCUACCAUCUUCCUCGUUUUAGGUACAUUUCUGAAUGUGUCUCACUUCCUGUUCUUGUUUUUCCAACAUACUGGACCAGACCAAAUGUUUGUUCUAUUUUUUUUUUCUUUUUACAUUUUUCGCCUUUCUGAAGAGAUGUGUAGCAGUGCAUUGAGCGUACAGCAUAGUGCCCUAAGCUUACACAUACCCAUCCUGAAGGAGUUGAAUUGAAACUGUGACGCUAGCUACGCAAAAUGCUGCUUUUACCUCAAGCUGCGAAAAGACUGCUACAAUCUCAUCAGCCAUAGCUAUAGGAGUUGGCUGAUUUAAGCACAACAAGGUACACUUUCAACGUAGUAGCACCUUACCUGAACACUUUUAGUUCAUUUUAGACAUUUACUACCUCCUCAGGCAACACAGUAACAUUGAAAAAAGAAAAGUUAUUUAUCAGGAUAUGAACAGAACAAAGAUGGGAGCAGUGCAAUAUUUCACACUCUAUUGUGGAUCUACGUAGGACGGUCAAAGUUUCGCCUGAGGUUCCUUUUUCUAUCUGUGACUAGAAGAGGUACUGGUUGUGUAAAACUAAA